GUCAGUAUCAAGCAAAAUGCCGGCGUAAUCCCUUUAAAGUUCUUCUCUCUACUUAGAAUAUAGACUUUUUUUUCAAAAUUCAUCUUGAUCACAGGCAGUUCGGUUGUAAUUUUCGGGACAUUAAUAAUAUGCCAAAGCCGGUAUGGGUUUUUUUGCUGUUAGUCAUUCAAUCUUGUUUUGUCAGAAAUACGGUUGGUUCGAUAGGUGACAUGUCGCAGAUAUAUAAUCAAUGUCUAGCACAGUGUCGCAAUAACAACUGCAAAAAUGAAAUAAAUUUUAAGAAACAGCCUCCUUUGUCAUUAAUUCUGCUAAACUGGUACUGCAAGGAAGAUUGUAGUUAUACUUGCACAUGGAAAACAGUUGACUUCUUUAUAUCUCAUGGAUUAAAAGUACCCCAAUUUCAUGGAAAAUGGCCAUUCAUCCGCAUGUUCGGGUGUCAGGAACCAGCAUCUGUUUUAUUCUCUAUAUUAAAUUUUUAUGCCCAUUGGAAGAUGUUUCAAAAAUUUAAAAAACAGGCAGACAGUAGUAGUCCUAUGUUUUAUAUUUGGACAUAUUUCAGUAUUAUAUGUUUAAAUGGAUGGUUUUGGUCUGCCAUAUUCCAUUCACGAGACAGACCAUUUACAGAAGCAAUGGACUAUUCUUGUGCAUUUAGUAUGGUACUUACAUUCUUAUACUGCAUGCUCUUGAGGAUAACAUACAAAAAUAAUAAAGCAUUUAUUGUAAUAACUUGUGGAUAUGUGAGCAUCUUAUGCACACAUUUAUCACAUUUAUGGUCGGGCAGUAUUAAUUACCAUUAUAAUAUGAUACUGAAUAUUCUAAUAGGCUUAGCAACUUUUACGAUAACAAUGCUAUGGUGGUACGUUAAUCGUAAGAAGUUAUUUUAUGCGUACUUAAUCGCUUGGUUCAAUAUAUGGACCGUUUUUGUCACUCUGCUCGAAUUGGCAGACUUUCCACCCAUUUUUUGGAUACUUGAUGCUCAUUCUUUAUGGCAUGCUAGUACAGUUCCUUUAAUUCCGUUGUUAUAUAGAUUUAUGAUCUCAGACUGUUCCUAUCUGCAAACAUAUUACUAUAAAUCACUUCUAGAUAUCAAUCACAGGCAGUAAAAAAUUUUACAUGUUAUAACAAAAGCCCAUGUUUCUUCCAAAAUAAUCAGGGACAGCAUAAUAAACAUUGGCAGGAAGAUAGCAACAUUAUCAUCUUUACAGAUUUGUAAGAUCUGUACAGAAUAUAAAUUUGUACAGAUUUGCACUUUUAUAUGUAUAUAGCGGACUUGUUAUAAAUAUGUUAUUUAUGUGCAAAUCUGUCUCCUUUUCAACUUUUCGCAUAUGUAUAACGCGUCGAAAUGCAGAUUAUAUGAAAAAAAUCAGUCCUUUACUUUAAUUUCAUAAAUAUUUAUGCUAUGACUGAAGAUAUCUCAUAUCUCAUGAUUAAAUGUAGGCGACAAUAGCUUGUGCGAAUGUUUAAGUACCUAUUUAUCAAUUUAACAGAGCAAAAAAAUUUGUUUUCUAUUUUCCUAAAUAUUUAAUAUUCAAUAUUGUCGCCCUUAUUACUUAAGGGUCACUGGACAUUUUUCCAGACAUGUCCCUAUCGCGACGAAACGUUAUAAAGUUUAAUAUUUUGUCAAAUGUUGAUUAUAUAAUACAGUGUAUAAACCUUAUAUAUAGUCACUGAAUAUACAAUUGUAAAUCAAAAAUAAUGUAAAUAUGUAAAUAUAAGUAAAAUGAUUUUCUCUAUA